UCUUCUUCAAAAUGUAGCACCUGUCAGUCACGCUUUUCUUCGAGAACCUGUGGUAAAGGCAGCAGCGAUAUUUCGUUCUUAAAGACAUUUCUCUUAGGAAGACACUGAGAUAGCAUGUAUAUGUAGCCUUAGUUCCCUGUAGCCUGAGGCACGGAGAAUCUAGUUGAAGAACCUCUUCUUUGGUGCAUAUAGAGCGGUGUAUUUGUCCCGGAAAUCAGCAUAUGAACAAUGCUUGCUACUUUGACUCUUAUCUGCCUGAUACGCUCCUCAGUGCUUGGUGCAUGGAUACAGACGCCUGAGAUUGAAAACUGUUCCGAUAGCCAAAUUUUUCGACUGAGCAACGUCACCAUCAAGGACGCCACAAUUUCAAAAACCAUGACCGUAAGGUUCACGGUGACACUGACGGAAGCACUCGGAGAUAACCCGAAGCUGCAUCUGAUCUUGCGCAAGAAGAGCGGGAUCAAAAUUCCCUGCCUCCUUGGUUACGGGAGUUGCACCUAUAGGCUUUGUGAUGGAACCACCAAACAAGAGAGAGCCUUAACACAAAUGUGGAACAACCGCUGCCCAGUGCCCGUCUUCGAAGAGACCCUGUCAUUUGAUGCCCCGGUGAUUCCCGCUGUACAGUUGAUUACUGGCCCCGCCCCGACGACCAUUACCAUUGGCUUUACGGUGACCAACGGAGGAAACAUUGUUGCGUGCCAGUCACUUAAAGUAAGGAUAAGACGCGAUAAACGGAAAGGUAUCCAUGGAGCGAAGGGGAAGACCGCAGGUUUGGAGGAAUAACGAGAGUUUACACUCGCUUAGCGCUUAAACCACAAGCACCAAAAGCUUUCCAGUUCAUGAAAAGAAAUAUCGAAGGCCUGUGGUUCCUAUAUGUUCAAAACUAUUAUGACCACCUUGGCACCAAAGUUUGAACUAGAGCAUUCGUAUAUUGUACAAAUCUAAUCUGGAUAGAGAACAAGCAAAUUUGCAUGUUUCUGUUAGAGAGAGUACCUGUGACCGUAGUAUUUUUAUAGAAAAACAAUAAAGCUCUUCCAACAUAACUAUUCGUCAGGAGUCGUGAU